UUGUUUGCAUAUUUUUCCUGCAGUUUCUAGCUAAAAUUUGGAAGAAAAAUAUCAGGGAAUGCGGAAAGAUGUGUUUGCACGCCAAGGAAUCCUCAUCUAAGGUAAAUGACGGUGUAGCUCUAUCUGCCAUGCCCUUGUUCAUCCUUGAUGAGAUUGAAGCACAAACCUAUAUCCAGCAUGUGCUCCAUGCGGAAUCACAACAUGGAUCUAGAAACCCUCAAAAAGCUUUUGUGUUAGAUCAUGAUCUUGGUGAUGACGGUUGAAAUCUUCUGCACCGAAAUUUUUGCUUUGUGAAUAGUAUAUAUAUUUCAUCAGCGGGGCAGUUUAUCAUUUUAUUUUAAGCAAGUGAUAUCAUAAAAUGGCAACUGAAAAUAAAGGGAGUGUUUUGAUGCAAAGGUAUGAGCUUGGUAGAUUGCUAGGGCAAGGAACCUUUGCCAAGGUAUACUAUGCUAGGAAUAUUAGGACUUCCCAGAGUGUAGCUAUAAAGGUGAUCGACAAAGAGAAGGUCUUGAAGGUUGGACUUAUAGACCAGAUCAAACGAGAGAUCUCAGUGAUGAGAUUGGUGAGACACCCAAAUGUUGUGCAGCUUUAUGAGGUCAUGGCUACCAAAUCUAAGAUAUACUUUGUGAUGGAAUAUGUGAAAGGUGGUGAACUAUUUAACAAGGUGUCCAAAGGCAAGCUCAAGGAAGAUGUUGCACGGAAAUAUUUUCAACAACUGAUCGGUGCUGUUGACUUCUGCCAUAGCAGAGGGGUUUACCACCGUGAUCUGAAACCUGAAAACCUUCUCCUGGAUGAUAAUGGAGAUUUGAAGGUCUCAGAUUUUGGUUUGAGUGCUCUUGCUGAGUCUACGAGGCAGGAUGGCUUGCUGCACACAACUUGCGGUACUCCAGCAUAUGUUGCUCCCGAAGUGAUCAACAGAAAGGGAUAUGAUGGUGCCAAAUCUGACAUCUGGUCUUGUGGAGUAAUAUUGUUUGUGCUUAUGGCUGGCUAUCUCCCUUUCCAGGACCCAAAUCUGAUGGAGAUGUAUAGAAAAAUCGGAAAAGCAGACUUUAAAUGCCCCAGUUGGUUCCCUUCAGAUGUUCGAAGGCUCCUGUUAAGGAUUCUAGACCCAAACCCAAGUACAAGGAUCUCAAUUGCAAAGAUUAUGGAAAAUCCUUGGUUUAGAAAGGGACUUGAUCAUGACAGACUAUUGAAAAAUGAAACAGAAACAAAAGAAAUUGUCCCUGUUGAUGUCCAUGCAGCUUUUAAUCCCUCUGACAAUAGCACCGUCGAGGGAAAGCAGGAGAUGGGGAAACUCGCAAACUUGAAUGCUUUUGACAUCAUCUCUCUUUCAGCAGGAUUUGAUCUUUCAGGUUUGUUUGAGGAGACUGACCACAGAAGAGAGGCACGGUUCACCUCCAGCAAGCCAGCUUCCACUAUUAUCUCAAAACUGGAGGACAUGGCCAAGCGCUUGAGGUUGAAAAUAAAGAAGAAGGAUCACGGAGUGCUGAAAAUGGAAGGAUCAAGAGCAGGAAGAAAGGGGGUCUUGGCCAUCGACGCUGAGAUCUUUGAGAUCACUCCUUCCUUUCAUUUGGUGGAAAUAAAGAAGACAAAUGGGAAUACCUUGGAGUACCAGAAGCUGUUGAAAGAAGACAUUAGGCCAGCCCUUAAGGACAUUGUUUGGGCGUGGCAAGGUGAUAAGGAGCAGCAGCAGGAGCAGCAGUAGCAGCAGCAGCAACAGCAGCCCUAGUUCAUCUUGAUCGAGUGUGUUCUGCUGUACUAGUCAAGGUCAUUUUACGUUUUGAGUAAUUUCUAGAUGUUUUUGUUUUCUUCUUAUCACUGUCUUUGUGUAGAAAUUGUUGCCUUGUUGCCCUGUGACUAUAGUAAUUUUCUGAAGUUAUUCUGUCUUUAUAAUGCAUGCAUGAUUGAGCAACCACCUAGUAUAAUCUAGAGUUUGGCUUCA